CUCUCGAGCAGCUGCUCACAGAACUUGAAGAUUUUCUGAGGAUACUGGACAAGGAGAACUUGAGCAGCACUGCCGUUGUGAAGAAGAGCUUCCUCUCUGACCUUCUGCGUGUCUACACCAAGUCCAGUGGUGGUGAUGAGGAGUAUAUUUAUAUGAAUAAAGUGACAGUCCAUAAACAACAGGGUGACCAAGAGAAACAAGACAAAGCCCAGGUGCUGGAUCAGAGAAACUCCUUGACCAAUGGAGACUCAGGACUGCAUUCGUCCCCUCCUCAGAAGAGUCUACCAGACCUCCCUCCUCCAAAGAUUCCUGAAACAAAGCAACCUCCAGUCCCCAAGAUUGAAUCCCCAGAGGGAUAUUAUGAAGAGGCUGAGCCAUAUGACAUCUCUGUAAAUGAAGAUGGUGAAGCUGUUAGUAGUUCCUAUGAAUCUUAUGAUGAAGAAGAGAGCAGCAAAGGCAAGUCAGCAACCCAUCAGUGGCCAUCCACAGAGGCCACCAUCGAGCUGAUGAAGGACGCUCGCAUCUGUGCCUUCCUGUGGAGAAAGAAGUGGCUGGGACAGUGGGCAAAACAGCUGUGUGUUAUCAAGGACACCAGGCUGCUGUGCUACAAGAGCUCCAAAGACCACAACCCUCAGCUCGACGUGAAUUUGCUGGGCUGCACUGUCAUUCACAAGGAAAAGCAAGUGAGGAAGAAAGAGCACAAGCUGAAAAUCAUCCCUAUGAAUGCUGAUGUCAUCGUGCUGGGGCUGCAGAGUAAAGACCAAGCAGAGCAGUGGCUUAGGGUAAUCCAGGAGACCAGUGGUCUGCUGUGUGAAGGAGGCAAUGAAGGCAACCAGUACAUCCCAGAUUCACAGCGCCUCAGUUACCCAAAGGUGGAGGUAUCCGAGAGAUACUCUGCAGCUUCUGAGAGUGGGAGCAGCACAGAUGGCCACACAGAGACAGCUGAGACAAAAGAUGUUAAGAAGAAGGGCACAACUGGCCUGAAACUGAGCAACCUGAUGAACCUUGGGCGGAAAAAGUCCAGCUCCCUGGAAAGCCCAGAGAGAUCCCUGGAGACUUCAAGUUACCUGAAUGUGCUAGUGAACAGUCAGUGGAAGUCACGUUGGUGUCAGAUAAAGGAUGGUCACCUCCAUUUCUACCAGGACAAGAACAGAAGCAAAAUGGCUCAGCAGCCCCUGAGUUUGGCAGGUUGUGAAAUUAUCCCAGAGCCAAGCCCUGAUCAUCUCUACUCCUUCCGCAUCCUGCACAACGGGGAAGAACGGGUCAUUCUGGAG